UAUUUUGAAUAAUUAUUUUUUAUGUAACAGUUCGAUGUACCAUAGACAGCGUAUUACAGUCAGGUCCAUAAGUAAUUUUGACCAUGUACACCACCACAGUGGAUCUGAACUGAAGCAAUCAAGAUGUGAUCAAAGUGUAGGUAAGCAGCUUAAUGGUCAGUUGUGAACAGAUCGGUCAGAGAGAUAGCAGAAAUCAGCAAAAUUUUGUACAUUCUUAAAAAGAAAGAAUGUACUGGUGAGCUCAGCAACACCAAAACACCUUUGAAGACCACAGAAAAGCGGAUGAUUGUAAAGAUUGUUUCCUUGGUGAAGAAAAUCUUCACAAUAUUUUGGCUCACUUAGAGUUAAGAAGAAAGCAUGUAAAAAAAACCCUGCCUAGUUCUGAAAUAACAUUCUUUGGUCAGAUGAAACCAAGAUUAACAUGUACUAGUAAGAUAUGCAUAUAGAGAAGGAACUGUAGGGCUUAUGAUCUAAAUGCAAACCACACCAUCUGUCAAACAUUGUGAAGGCAGUGCUAUGGUAUGAGAAUAGAUGUACAGAUGCCAGUGGAAUUGGGUAGUAUAGUAGUAUAGUACUAUAGUAGCAGAAUCAAUUUUAAAUUGUACACAGCUAUACUUCCUUUUCAGGUUCACUCAAAACUGAUAUGAUGGUGCUUAUUAAAGUUGAACCUAAAGGCAGAAAGACCCACAAACAAGCAGGGUUCAUGGGUUCUAGACUUCAGAAGGUCAUUAAUUGCAAUGGAUUUGCAUUUUGCAAAAAUAAUCCUUAUAUUUAUGUUAGUCUGUCUAUAUAAAUUAGAAAAUGGAGGGACUAUGUAAAUAUGGCUGCAGUUAAACAGUUGAUAUUUGUGUUAAACCACUUGAAGUAAGCUAAAACAUAACACUCCAGUCACAUACUGAUUGCUUUAUUUCAAAUAUAUUAUGGCGGUGUACAGAUACAAAAUUACAAAUAUUGUGUCACUGUCCAUAAAUACUUAUGAACUCUAUAUAUAAACCAUGACUGUGAUGUUUAUAUAGUGCCACAUUAAAAAUGUUAUUUUACAAUAUAUAUACACAAUUAACACUGAUUCCUUUACUGUUUAGAACUUUUUAGAAAAUUCAUUCAUGACAUGUAAUGCAAUUUAAAGCUCACUGAGUCACUUUACUGCAAAGGAAAUGAAUAAUUAGAUUAAUGUAACAUUUAGAGUAAUAGAGGAACAAGACAAUAAUUGUGGUGAUUUCCCCAGGCAGCUCUGACACAACUUCCUCAAUUUCAGUUUAAUCACAGCUUCAUCUCCUAAGCAGUGUGGGUUUUUUCCAAACAGACUAAGCUUUCAACCUUACUUACAUCAAGCACAGAGUGAUAAAAUGAUUUGCUUUUUGUCAGGAUGCCUUUUGACAUGAGGACUACAUGCUGAUUUGGUGCACCGAAGCUUUAAGUGACAGAUACUUUGUGGUUUUUGUUACCGAGAAUUGGAAAGUUCCUGAGACGUCACUGCACCACACAGUUUAGCUGACGCCCCCUUUUGCGUUGUAGAAUGUUAUUGGUGUUAGGCAGAAGAAACACUAGAGAAAAUAUACAGGAAGUGGUGUUUAGUAGAGACAACAUGCUGCCGGAGGCGAAGAGCGAGUGAACAUGAGCUUCCGUCCUGAUUUAUCAACAGACAGGAUAACAUGUUUUCUCUGCAAGACAGUUUUGCACCACUUCCUUCCAUUAGUCUGGAUCACCUUUGCACAGAUUUAGUCGUCUGAGUACUGUCAGGAUCCAGCAAGCUUACAACAAAGAAAGACUACAGUCAACACCUUAUCAAGGUCUCUUGUAAUGACAUCAACCCAUCCAACACACUGGAUAAAUUGUGACACACUCUAAUUCAACUACACGUCUUUCCAAAAAUGGAGCCUACAAAAAUGGAGCCUACAACAGAUUCCAGUAUGAAGGAUGAGAGCUGUGUGGUAAAUGACAAGAUGGUGCCAUUUGCCACAUUCUACAUCAUUAUCUUCCUGAUAGGCAUGGCUGGCAGCCUAGUGGCACUCUGGGCAUUUAUACACAGUAGAAGCGUCAAGAAGUGCAUGAAUGUCUACCUGAUCAACCUUCUGACAUCUGACUUCUUGCUGACAUUGGCACUGCCAGUGAAGAUCGCUGUAGACUUUGGUGUGGAAUCCCAGAGACUAACAAUUUUCCACUGUCAAGUCAGUUCACCACUCAUCUACAUCAGCAUGUAUGCCUCCAUCAUAUUUCUGGCUUUUGUCAGUGUACAACGUUAUGUCCAGAUUACCCAGAGCUCCAAGCUGUUCCGCCUACAAGAGGUGGGCUUUGCCUUGGUGAUGUCAGCUGUAGUCUGGCUUCUGGUGCUCUUCAUAAAUGUCCCCAACAUGGCCAUCCCAAUCAAGGACAAGAUUUCUAACAGCACUUUAAUAACAUGUAAAGACAUUAAGCAGGAUGUUGGCAAGCACUGGCAUACACUCUCUGUUUUUCUGGGCAUGGCAAUUUUCAUGAAUGCCUCUGUGGCUGUGCUUAUGUCCAACGGCCUGGUACUUAAACAGUUUUGGGGCAAACGUGGAGGAGACCCUCAGGAGCAGGCCACUGCUCACCAUGCCACUGUCAAUAUCGCCAUGGUGACAGUGGCUUAUGUUGUCUGCUUUGUGCCAUAUCAUGCAGUUCGAAUGCCUUAUACAUUUACACAAAACGAGAUAAUUACUGACUGUGGUGUUAAGAAGCACCUAUUCUUAGCCAAAGAGUCUACUUUGCUUCUGGCCAUCCUAAACCUGUGCUUUGACCCAGUGCUCUACUUUUUUUUCUGCCCCUCAUUUAGACACCAGAUCACACAGGUUUUUACUAAAAGGAGAAAUGUAGACAGAAACCCAGAAUGUUUCCCAGAUCAAAAGCUACAACUGCAGCCAGUUCAUAAACAAGAAGAAUAGAUGUCAGACAAAAUAACAAUAAUUAUUUUUUAAAAAGUGAAACCGGAUCCCAAACAGGAUGUCAGGGUCUACAAAUACUCUUUCAAUACACAGAUGCCAGAUAUAUACUCAACAAGGGAAAUAGUGUAUUCUCUCACAUAAAUUACAAAUCUCUACAAAAAUUUUUUUUAAAAAGUAAAUUAAGUAUUUUUUGUCAUUUAUUUACUUAAUUUUAAAACU